GCCACUGUGUGUGCAGGCUGUUGCGGCUUCAACAACCACGUGUGUGUGUUGUUGUUGUCCUUUGUUCUCUCCUGUCACUUUCAGACACCACCCCCCACACUCACUCUCCACCCACAACUGCAGAAUGUCAGCAAGAGCAACGACAGCGCUGGCCUUGGCGAUCGCCAUGGUGCUGCUUGCCAGCAGUGUUGUGAUACAUGCCCUUGGCGCCGAAAGCCGCUCCCCGCACGACGACGAUGUCGCCAUCAACGCAACCCAAGUCGCCUCGCUGGACUUUGGCGUCAGCGACAUGGCCCUGGCGCUUGCCCACCCGCACCACGUCCACCACAUCCAUCACAACGGCACAGCAAACUCCAGCAGCUCUUCCACACUGGAGGCCCCCAUCGCGUUCAUCUCCGGCGGGUGCAUUCAGCAGGAGUGGAUCAACGCCUCAUACCCGGGCUACUACUGCACAUCGGUCCUGACCGAAGUCUACGCUUUCCUCGCCGCCGUCGGCAAUGAGCGCAUCAUCAAGACAUGGAGUGCACCCUCCAACCGCUACCGCCACGCCUCCGUCAUUGUCGGUUCAAACCUCUUCCUUAUCGGCGGCCGAAACUUCGACGACGGCAUCGUCACAACCAUGGACAUCCUCGACUUCCACACAGGCAUUUGGACCAGCGUUCCCAGCGACCUGGCCCUCUCAGACCACGCUGCUUUCGUCCUCAACGACACCAUCUACGUUGUCGGAGGCUACGACGCCACGUACACUGCGCAGAGCAAGAUGUACCAGCUGGUCAAUUACACCGUCAACGGCACCACCUUUGCCGAGGUUGCUGGCGGAGACCUCACAGUCGCUCGUGGCGACUUGUCCGUGACGACUGUCAACUCCACCGUGUACGCCGUUGGAGGCUUCACGCACGCCAACAGCUUCACCGACCCGCUGCCCGUUGUUGAGUCGUGGUUGCCUGCGUCCGGGAAAGGCUGGAGACGCGAGCCUGAUCUCCCCAGUGGUCGAGGCGACAAGGUGGCACUCAACUCGCACAAUCACCUCGUUGUCAUUGGCGGGGAAACUCGUCACCCCAACAACUCCGCGCACUCUGUGCCUGUGGAUGACGUUGACGUGUUCAACCCACUCACAAGCCAGUGGACUCACCUCGGGCACGUGAGCUUCCCUCGAUUCAGGUUUGCUGCUGCGUCCGUUGGGCACUAUGUGUACCUGUUUGGUGGACAGGGCGAGCUGGUUGGCGAGCACGGCACCAACUGGUCGUACUACCCGACCCUCAACAGUAUUGAGCGCUUCCACCUCCCACUCCCGCACCCGCACGCAGACGAGCCCCACGUUGGCACAACAUCCAUGCCAGUCAACGUGACAACAGCAGCCACAGCGUCCAUGCCAGUCAAUGUGACCACAACAUCCAUGUCAGUCAACCUGACAACAGCAGCCACAGCAUCGAUGCCAGUCAACGUGAGCACAACAGCCAUGCCAGUCAACGUGACAACCACGUCGAUGCCAGUCAACCUGACAACAGCAGCCACAGCAUCGAUGCCAGUCAACGUGACCACAACAUCCAUGCCAGUCAACGUGACAACCACCUCUAUGCCAGUCAACCUGACAACAGCAGCCACAGCAUCGAUGCCAGUCAACGUGACCACAACAUCCAUGCCAGUCAACGUGAGCACAACAGCCAUGCCAGUCAACGUGACAACCACGUCGAUGCCAGUCAACCUGACAACAGCAGCCACAGCAUCCAUGCCAGUCAACGUGAGCACAACAUCCAUGCCAGUCAACGUGACAACCACGUCGAUGCCAGUCAACCUGACAACAGCAGCCACAGCAUCGAUGCCAGUCAACGUGAGCACAACAUCCAUGCCAGUCAACGUGAGCACAACAGCCAUGCCAGUCAACGUGACAACCACGUCGAUGCCAGUCAACCUGACAACAGCGCCACAGCAUCGAUGCCAGUCAACGUGA